AUGGUUGGUGGAACAGUGUUUUGGAUUGAUGGAAUAGUGUUUUGGGUUGGUGGAACAAUGAAGUUUGGUGGGUCAAAAUACAAUUUGUAUUUCUCAUUCAAAGUCGCAUCGAUUGAAAAUCUGUUGAAGAGCUCUUCAUGGAGUUAUGCAACAGGAGAUGAAGCCCAACUUAUAUAUAAUGGUUCUAAUGAGCAGGCUGAUGUUUUCUUGGCUCCCCAGAUCCUUAAAGCAACAAAAAGAUUUCAAAUUGAUAUGUCUCCUUUCCCCACCCUCGUGAGACUGAAUGAAGUAUAUUCUGAGCUUUCAGCGUUCCAGUCAGCUCUUCCUGAAAGGCAGCCGGAUGCUCACGCCUCCUCAUAA